AUGGCCUACUCGCAGCCCCCCUACCAGCCCAACGGCGCCUUCUACCCGCCCGGACCCGGCCACCAGCAGCAACCCUACCCACCCCCUCCCCCGCAGUACCAACAGCAGCAGCACCCGCAGCACCAGCAGCAGCAGCAAUACCACCAGAACCCCUACUAUACCCAGCAGCAGGCGCCAUACCCUCCGCAGCAGCAGCAGUAUCAGCAGCCUCAGCAGCACUAUCAGCAGCAGCAGCAGCAGCAGCCCUUCCCGCAGCACCCCUCCCUGCCGCCUCGCCAACACCAAUCCGCCACGCCUUCCUCGUCUGCCUCGGCGUCUGGCCCGGCACACGUACCCGCAAGCGGCGCUCAGGACCGUCCAGAUGCCUUGCCGGAGCAGGCCCUGCGCGCGCUGGCCGCCUACGGCUCCCCCUUUGCCCACAGCAAGGACUGGGCCGCCACCCGCGAUGACACCCUCCUCCUCUCCCUGCCAAAGCAGGCCUUCAAGAUGCGCGUAAAGCAGCGCUUCGCCCGCUCGCCCGGCGACAUCUUCAACCCGCCCGCGCCCUCGUUUUCGCGUCCGCCCUCGGGGCAGUGGUCCUACUCGCCCUUUGUCCCCAUCUCGGUCAAGGCCCAGGGCAAGCUGCUCGCCGACGGCUUCAAGCCCCUCUACCCGGGCCGCGUCCUCGCCGACCACGACGUCUCGGCCGCAGACUGGGCCCGCUUCCUCGAGGACAUCGACGUUGCAGGGCGGCUCUCGGGCGGACAGUCGGUCUUUGCCAACGUCGCGCCCGUCACCAUGCACCUCGGCGCCACCGGCUACUUUAUCACAAAGGCCAUUGAAAAGGGCAUGAAGCGCAAGAAGAUCCCCGUCAUCGCAGAGACCGUCGAGACCUGGCAGCAGAACUUUUUCAUCCCGCGACGCCUCGACGUCUACAUUGUCGAGGGCAACGAGCGCCUGACGGCACGCCAGCCCGGCGAACCGGUGCCUGGCACGCCCCUCGCGGCCAACGUCAAGCCGGCCAAGGACGACCAGAAGUCAGAAGACAGCAGCGACGACGACAGCGACAGCAGCGAUAGCAGCGACGACGACGACGAGGACGGAGGACAUGGCAGCGCCGCGCCCUCGUCGACGGCCAACACCGAGGGUCUGACGAGCAAGCAGCUGCGCAGGCAGAGGAAGCGGGAGCGCAAGGCGGCCAGGAGGGAGAACAAGAAGGAGCGCAAGGAAAAGCGGCGCGAAAAGAAGAACAAGAGGAAGGAGGUCAAGCGCAGCACGGCCACCAUUGUCAUUGCUCCGAUCCAGUAG